GGUUACAGUGGGCGCCGUUUCGUAUUCAGUUGGUAUGGUUGAUGUCCGUUUGAAACUGUUUUACUGUUGUUAAGGAGUCUAUAACAGGGUAUUUUCGUCAUUUACCGAAACACGUUCAUGCUUUCUCGUGGUAUCGAAAACAUAUUUUGUGUUUAAAAAAGGACCAGAAAACAGCCAGCCUCACCCACCGUGGCAAAGGACAUUGGAAAACAAUCAAACGUUGUUGGUUAACGUUAGUCAGCUAGAUGGAAGGAGGGGACUGUGGCUUCCCCCCGGACCCGUCGGAGCACUCGCAGAGAGGGAGCGUGUCUUCAUCAGGUCUCCGUGCUCAGGAUGUGCUGGUAUACAUGGUGGGGGACAGUGCGGUCCACCUGUGUGUGGAGGGGGUGGGCUGCGUGACGGUGCAGGAGCUCGGCCGGAGCGUUCGGGAGGCCCUCCACAUCCCCGACUCCGCCCAGGACGCCUUCGCCUUCUGGCUGUGCUCCCCUCUGCUCGAGCUACAGCUGAAGCCGAAGCACCAGCCAUACAAACUGUGCCGUCAGUGGCAGGACCUGCUGUACCGAUUCACAGAGGCCUCAGAGGAGGACAUCUCCCAGGAUGAGCCCUGCCUAAUGUACAGAAGGAAUGUGUUUUAUCCCAAAGCCAAAGAGCUGCAGAUUGAAGAUGAAGGAGUGUUGAGGCUUUUGUAUGAUGAGGCGAAAAUUAACAUUCUGGGGGGCCGGUACCCUUGCGACCCGGAGCACUGGCUGAGCCUGGGGGCGCUCUCCUGUGCCCUGGAGCUGGGGGUGGGCCUGGACACCCAGCAGGCAACUGCUGCCAUCAGGGAGAAGAAGAUUUCGUCCUUUCUGCCGGCCCACGUUGCAGGAGGCGGAGGAGGUUUGCUGUCUGCUCUGAGGGGGAAGAGUGGGCGUCAGGCGGGGCUAGAGCAGAACCUGCUGGAGGAGUACCGCUCCGUUAGUGCCGCGGACAGCAACGCUCAGGAUCCCGCCCAUUACCUGCGCCAGUACCUCAACACCUGUCACUCGCUGCCUUACUAUGGAUGUGCGUUCUUCUCGGGAGAGAUUGACAAGCCCGCACAGGGGAUUCUCCAGAGAGGGGGGCGCAAGACUGUCAGUGUAGGAAUCAGCCUGGAAGGGGUGUACGUCAUCGAUGCUAAAGAGAAGCAUGUUCUUCUGGGGCUGCGCUUCAGCGAGUUGUCCUGGGACCACAGCUACCCCGAGGAGGAGGGUGACUCGCACAUCCUGUGGCUGGAGUUCGAUGGAGAGGAGGCCGGCACCCCCGUCAACAAGUUACUCAAGAUCUACUCCAAGCAGGCGGAGCUCAUGAGCGGUCUGAUCGAGUUCUGCGUGGAGCUGGGAGCGGUGGCUGACGGGGCGGCGACGGGGACGGACGGUGACCUCACGCUUUCCCAGCAGCCCUCUGGGCAGGGCGGGGCCAGCGGCAGGGCGAGGGGCGGUCGCCGCGGGAAACUGCGGCGGCAGAGCAGUGUGGUAUGCAGCAGGGUUCACUCCCUGAACACCAUCAGCUACGUGGACGACGGUAAGGAGAUCAAGCGUCUGAAGCCAAAGAGGGCUGCUUCUUUCUUCACUAGACAGGCAACUGUCCCUAACUACUCUGCAGUUCAAGUAGGAGAGAGUUUGGAGCAAGGGUGAGCCGACAGAGCCAAAAACUGCCCCCAUAGAGACCAAAACAACAUCUGCACCUGAGAUUUACAGAGACGCAAAUAGUCAGAGAAACUUUGAUUUCAAACAGGACCAAGAACUAGGGUGACUAACUCGAUAUGUACAUAUACUUAUGUGUAUAUACAGUCUCAGAUUAAGAUAUUGGCAUUCUUUACAGGCUAUGACUUCUCAAAGUGGGUAUUGUGAAAAAUACAAUUUUAAUUUGAAACUUUAUGAAUGGUCAUUCACAUACAGACAACCGUGGUGAAUUCAGACAAAAGGAUGUUAAUGUUUGCAAUUCUGUAGGUGUCUAUAUUGCAGACAUUCAGAUUACCUGUGCCUUCUAAUCUGAACUUCAGUACUUACAUUUGGAUGUUGAUCAUUGUCUUCUCUUCUGAAUCAGUGGUCAGGGUACGGUGAAACAUAUAAUUGAUACAGAAGUACUUUGUCAAGUUUUCAGUACCCAGUACAUCUAUGCAAAUCUGACAGUCACAUAGUUUCUCAUUAAAGUUGCCAGUACUUUAGUCUGCAUGACUGUGCACUGAAACCUCACUGUCUGCGCCAACCAGUCCAUACCUCUUGUUACCUCCACUGGUCCACUGUAGACACUUUCAAAAUCUGGUCACACAAAUGGCUGUUGUGGGGAAUGCCUGUGCCUGUGUCCAUUAGAACGGGCAAGUGUCGUACAUGAGGUGUGUGUUCCAGAACAUCGAAUCAACAGAUGAGAUGGGGGAGUAGAGUGAUGAUGGAAAGCCAGUUCAAAUGAGAGACACUAAUAGGUUUACACAAACUGAAAUUGACAUUUUCCAGUCACGUAUUCAAAACUUAUGCAAACCUACUCAAGCUAAACAAACGCCAAAUGUUCUGUUUCUUUAAGGGGUUCCUCAGACAGUAUCUAUGCAUGUCCUUAGAUUGAUGCAGUUCACUCUCGCGCUUACUGUAUGUACAUAUUCACGUGUUUGUCAUUUAUUCUCUGUUGCCAAGUCCAGUCAAAAUCAAUUCCAAACAGGGGGGUAGGAGAGAACAACAGAAACCUUUUAAGAAUUGCACUUUUGAUACGUCUCUGAAUACUGUCAUUUUCAAAAUGGGACUGUCACCACAUUGCAUUAAUUAUUAAAUUUUUGUGAACAAUAACUUUUUUUAUUUUUACUAACAUGAUGUACUCGCAAACACGGCCCAUGACCUAACUGGAUGAAUGGAAAACUGAUUGUUAUGUAGUUUUACUGUUUUUUUUAAAAAAAGACCAAGUGCCUUUUGUAUGUGUAAUCAGCCAGUCACUCUGGGUUUGCAGUGAGAUUUGAACCCAGGUCUGUGUCCGAGUCCUUCAUCAAAGCUUUCUGUCUUACUCAUAUCCUCUUGAGUUUAUUUCAAUUUAUAGGCCCUUGCAAAUUGUACUGAAACCACAGGGAGCCGUUGCUUGCAUAUGUUGAUCUAGCAAGCUUAUGCUGCUGUUCUCAUUUUUUCUUUUAAUAAAAAAGGAAAACAUUUGGGAGCUGGUUCAGUUGAGUUGGAAUUAUAAUGCGCCUUUGAUCCCUUGCAGAGAUCGUCAGUGAUUUACUGUGAGGGGUGUUCAGCUCACCUCAACCACCACCACUGUGUAGUGUCCACCUGGUUGAAAUAUGGAAAUGGUAUAAAUGAAGUUACUCAGCUCUAUUCCUGAGCAGCCUAAGUACCUCCCGGGUGUUCAUCCUUAUAUCCAGUUCAACUGUUUGAUUCGAUCAGCUAAUCAUAGUCCUGAUUGAAACAGUUAAAUGUUCUCUCUUCAUUGUGGCUUAAAGAAAAACUUAAAACCCACUGGAUUGUAACCCUCCAGGACCAUGAAGAGUUUUGAUGAAGCUGAAGCCUUGUGAUAGAGCAGUGUCAGACAUUGGUAUUGGCUCAUGUAUCUCUGUGUGAUAAGAUCAGUUAAACUGUUACAAUUAUAAAAGCAUAUAAAAGCAUAUUGUGGGUUUGCGUCAUGGUAGGAUAGAGAGAGCUGUGAUAGACUUCAUUCACUGUUACUAUUUUAUUUGAUCCACAUGACAAAACUUCCUUCAGUGACUGUAGGGUAAGACAAAAGCAAUAACAAACACCUUUACUGUACAAUCUUGCUUCAUACUAAUUUUCUGACUAUGUUAAAAUAGUAAAUAGUAUUAAUGAGUUUAAUAGAAUUUUUAUAUUAUUUAAAUAUGCUCAUUAUGAAGUUAUGUUGUAUUCACAUAAAUUAAACAUUUGGGAAAAUAAAAAACG